ACGUCACCUUUGUUUGCGAUAGACGCGAUGGUCCUCUUGGAAUUUCACCCAAAAACCGUGUUAUUUCCGUGAAUAGCGUGCAGAAAAGUGUGUGAAAGUGUCGCUAAACCUCCUUUUCAGUGAAAAGUAAAGCGUGCGCGUGUGAAACGCUGAGCCAUGGACACGGUUUCGCCACCGCACACUCGAUCACGAUCGCGAUCGAAGACGCCCUUCAUCCCGACCGUGCCGGAGGAUUAUGCAAAGUCGUCGGAAAAUGCUGAUCAGCAGCGCGAGAAGAAGCGAUCGCCAGUGCGAAAGGAGCCCACAGUUCAAACCAUCCAAGAAGUGGAGGAACCCUCGCAAACACCUGCCAAGCGAUCAAAGAGGGAGACUAAGUCCACAAAUGUGUCCCCGAAUGAAGGCACGAGUGGCAAGAGUCAGCAAAGCAGUGUGUCCAGCAGCACUGUUGUCGUGACAUCCACAACGAAGGUCGUGACGCGAGGAGAGGCUGCAAGUGCCACAUCAAGCGUUCAGCAAACAUCCACCGCCACCCCGAAGCGCGAUAUGGUGAACCAGAAGGAGUUCAAUCGCGGCCUGGAGGGGAGUUACAAGAAAAUCAGCACACCGCGCAACAACAAGGCCACAGGAUCGGUCGCUGGGAGUACGAAUGGGAACCUGAGUGAGCACAUUGCUUACAAGGAGUACAAAGAUGCCGGCGAGUACUGGAAUAAGUUCCCCAAGACCGACUACACGUACAGCAAACUGUCGCCGCACCGGCGAGAGAUUAUUCCGGGUGUGAUUGCCAUGCCGAAUAUGUCGCGAAAGAGUCUGGAGAAGCACAAAGAGCGGGUGAAUCUGAUGGCACUGCAGAAUCCAUCGCAGGAGUCAUAUAUUCGUGCCAGAUAUGAGUCGAGUAGAUUCGCAGGUGCCGGACGCGCUUUGCACUACGAUUCGGGUGAGGAUGAGAUGGACUUGUCGCAGUUCGACAGGAGGAAAUACACUCAAGUCUAUCGUGAGACGGUGUUCAAGAGAAUCUACACGCGCAUCAUCACAACCAUUGUCACCAGCUGGUAUUGGAUCUCUCGCCCAUUCAGGGCGUCCGAGAAGACGGCCUAUUACACAGACGUUCAUCAAUCUGAGCAACAAAAAAGCAUCUUUCGUCGCUUGUCGUCAGCCAUUGGCAACAGCUUCAUGUAUGCUUUCCAGCGUGUUUAUCUGCUGAUCGCCUGGAUCCUGCUGCUGGACACGUGGCUGUUGCAGAGCAAAACGGAAGGCGGUCGUCAUAAGAAGAAAUUCUUAUGGUUCUUGAUUUUACUGCUUCCAUUCUUGCUGUUCGGAGCACUGGCUCUGUCAGAAGAACAGAAAUCGGUGAUGCAAUUUCUUCCCCUCAGUCUCGGAUGGUUGCCAUCAAUCUUCCCAUCGUCAGCUUCCACGUGGAGGGAAUAUCUUCCCAAUCUCAAUCAGUUCGCCUUCUUGCUACCGUCUAGUCAGGAGAGAAGCGACGAGAGUGCGAACUUCAAGCAAUAUCUCACAGCUGAAGAGUACGCGAAACUCUUGAGUCACAUUAACCAGUACAUUGAGGCCAUGGUGAUUAAGAAGGACAACGAGAGGACUUCCAGUGAAAAGUUGACUGUUCUCAUUGACAAGAUUGUGCAGGAGAACAUUGUGAUGUACAAAUAUCAGCUGACCGAAGAGGAUAUCGAGAGGAUUGUCAUGAUAACACUUGAGCGAUUGAAGACAGACAAGACGGCAGGAUUGCAAAUUAAUCAGGACGUUAUCAAUAAGAUCACUUUGUCAAUUAGAGAUCAGUUUGAGGGCGAGUCGAAGACACAAACUGAUGAGAUCAUUGUGAAGAUUCUUCAGUCAAAUCGUCUUGUGGAAAUGAUGGAAGAGCGCUUCAAAGGCAGUGAAAUGCCACAAGAUACUUCGAAGUAUGAUGAAUUGAUAGCGAAACUCUCCUUGGAGAUCAGCAAUAUCCGACAAGAUCUUGUAAAUCGCGCCAAUCGCGAUGAGGACAUCAAUUUCACGUUGGAAAGCAUGAAAUCCCAGCAGGAAAAUAUCGCUGAUCAAUUGUACGACUUCAGGAGGGAAAGUGAUGAUAGAUUUGACAAACUUCUCAGUGACAUUGAUGUGAAAAUUGCUGCCAUGAGUGAUUCACAGUAUUCUGAGAUCGAUAAGCACAUCCGUCGAUCACUUGUGCAGAUUUUCAACAUUAAUCAAGGCGGUGGUGAAUUCGACGAGAGUGAUCUUCGUGCUUGGAUUAAGAAUUUGUUUGUUGCCAAAGAAUACCUGGAGGCUCGUCUGAAUGAUGUUCAAAGUCAAUUUAGUGGUCAAAUGGCGGAAGAGAUUCAACUGUUGUCUGGGAUUAUUAUGAAAAAUAUCACAGAUACGCUUAGGGUGGAAAUGCUGUCGCUCGUGGAGGGAAAGAUGUCGGGUCAGGGGUUGGGAAAUGCCCAGGAGAUUGACGUGAGUGAGGAUCACGUGAGGCGAAUCGUGUGGGACGCUCUGAGAGUGUAUGAUGCUGACAAAACUGGUCUGGUGGAUUAUGCGCUGGAAUCGGCUGGUGGACAAGUGCUCUCCACGCGAUGCACUGAGAGUUAUCACACGAAAACGGCGCAGAUAUCAAUCUUCGGCAUCCCUCUGUGGUAUCCCAGUAACACACCGAGAACUGCCAUCUCGCCCAGUGUUCAGCCAGGCAAUUGUUGGGCCUUCCAAGGUUUUCCGGGAUUCUUGCUGCUCAAACUCAAUCUCCCAAUUCUCGUGACUGGUUUCACGAUGGAGCACAUUCCGAAGUCCUUGGCGCCCAAUGGACAGAUUGAUUCAGCCCCAAAAGGCUUCUCCGUUUGGGGCUUGACGGAUGAAGGUGAUCAGGAACCGCUCUUGUUUGGGAAGUACAUCUACGAGGACAGCGACAGGAGUCUUCAGUACUUCCCAGUGGAGAAUCAAGGCAUCACGAGACUUCAUCAGCUCGUGGAGCUGAGAAUUGAGUCGAAUCACGACAAUCCCAUGUACACGUGCCUGUAUCGCUUCCGUGUUCACGGAACUCCUCGAUCGUGAUGUUCAACACACUGCAGCUGAAGCGCUUUACCGAAGAGUGACUUAAACUUGACUAAAAAAAAAACCUAGUAUUUUACAAUGCAACGUUACUACAUGGAAGUAAUCGUCAGGAAAAUAAUUUGUAUGUGUGUGCAAAAGAAGUAGAAAUUUAGGGUCUUUUUGUAAAUAAAAGAGGAAGUGAAUGGUUUAUUUUUUUUACAAGUCUGUGUCGUGACGAAUUUAUCAGUUAGCGGAUUUUUUUUAGCAUAAACUCUGUAGGUUUAAUUGACUUUCUUUUAAAGAUUGCUGGUCGAUGUCAAAGUACAAAAGAAGAUACCAAGAUCAAUGCUUAAUGGCUAAAAUAGGUCAAGAAUACGUUUACAGUGACACUCGAUUGAAUUUAACAGCGGCAUAUAUAUAAAUUGAAAUAUAAGCUACAUAUCCAAAGAGUGCGCAAUAGCCUAUUAGAAUCAUUAUUUUGUAAGGACCGACGAUAUCAGUGUAAAUGUACUCUUUCCCUUUGAUUUAUGAUAGUUUUUUAGGAAUACGCCUUAGAACAUUAGUUUUAUUUUUAGUUUCACGCACAGACUCAACAAUUUGUACAGCUACAAAAUCACACAUCACUUGAAGUUCGGAAAUAGACGGUUUCUCUAAGAUAAUAAAAUACUUUUCCUCGAUA